UUCCUGUUAAAUGUCUGUUUCCUGAUGCUGAAGAUUAAUAACUUGUACUGAAAUUAAACAAAGGAAGGUAUUUGACUCUUGAACAGUAGGUUUGUAGUGGAGUUAAUAAUUAUGCAGGUUACAGCUGAAACGUCAUCCUGAUUCAGUGCUGAUUGAUGGUUCAUUCCAUCUGAGUCAUCAUGUGAUCCUGACAGUAUAAAUAGGGCAGAAUUACAGCGCCUUUAACACAGACGCUCCACUCGUUCACUCUGGUCAGAUUCUUCCAUUCUACUGCAGAACAAGCCUGAAGAACCAUGUCCUCCGAACAGCUUGGCGGGUGGUCUCCUUGGAAGGAAGCUGGUGCAAAUGAAAUCGACAUCUGCAAGAAGGUAAAAGCUGAAGUCGAGGCGAAGACCAGAAGGAAAUUCCCUGUUUUCCAGCCGCUGGACUACAGAUCACAAAUAGUGAAUGGGACAAACUAUGAAAUCCAGGUCUACGUGGGAAACAACCAGUGUGCUGCCCUGACGGUUCAUGUGGCUCAUCAAAAGGAGCCCCAGCUGGGGAAAGUUGUCCUGUUUUCUUUGCCCGGUGUUGAUUUCUUUUAAAACCCAGUCCGGCGCUUGUGGACCAGGAGGGCUCAUCUACAGUGACAGAAUCGAGUCUUCAGAACCUUUUCUACACACUUUCAGUGCACAUUUUCACCUUUAUAAAGAUUUUGAAAUUGAGUCACUCAGACCCUCGUAAUCUCGGGGGGACUGAAGACGGUUCACUGAGAGAAACGGAUCCAAACAGAACCUGAAAACAAGCUCAUUACUUCUUACUGUAGACGCCUCAAAGCUGUAAUUACCAACAGCGGCUCUGUUAUAAAGCACUAAUGGCGUUAAUUUGGUUUGAGUGCUUUGUUACCCAAUCAGUUUCAUUUUUAAAAAAUCUAAAUUAAAUUGGCCUUUAUUUAGAUUUUCAAACAAUUUGGUGAAAUUUGGCUGAUAUGAAGUGGAAAUCUGCACUGAAUGUUCAUAUUAAAUAAUGAAAACAGGAGUUUUGCUGUUUAUGACUUCAUAUUACUCCAAUGUAUCUGUUUGAAAUCCUGCAGUUCUGAUUCUGAAUAUUGAGCCCAAAUAAACUCAUUUACUGUCUGCA